AUUGGACCCCUCGCGUUUUAACUCCCAAAAGAAAAGCAGCAUCGACACUGGAGUUGAAGCUGUCGCGUCACCCUCGAACUGCCAUCGCCUGUCGAUUGCCAUCUUCAGCUCUAAAGGCUAGGUCUGGUACGAGUACUUAGUGAAGGGAAUUGGGCUCGAACGUCCAAUCCGUUUGAGCGUGACGCAACCAGCCAAUCGCCCGCUACACUUAGCCUAACUGGUCUAUUGCUGUCACUCUUGAUUUGGUCACAGUCGCGAAAACUAGACCAAACCGCCAAACCUGCAGCGAUGGAGGUGGCCGUUGUUUCAGAAGCUGUGGUGUCCGAGGCGCUGCAUCAGCUCUACAGUCCGCUGAGCUCUCCGCGCGUUCGUCGUCGUGCCGAUUCGCUGCUGCAGCAGUUCCAGCGUUCGCCCGAAGCUUCACAGACGGCUCUAGUCGUGUUGCAAAAGCCUAUCGUUGACGCAGGGAAUACCGAACACAACGCCUUGCUGCGAGCCAAGCGCGCGUUCUCUGCGUCCACGCUCUACUUCACUGUAGCCUCGUACAUCCGCAAGUACAAGAUGGACGACCCGUCCAACUGGACGCCCGAGGAUCGCGCACAGCACGAGAUGGUGGUGAAGGAAUUCGGUCAGAUGGCUCAAGAUGUCUGGAACGUUUUAACGGGGCCAAAUGGGACCCAAGAAGAGCUGCACGUGCAGACUCAUCUGGCCCUCACGAUUGCUGUUAUCUUGUUGCGCUUCCACGAACCGCAGGGCGACACCACAGUAGUUGGCGCAGUGGAAUGGCUUGUUCAAAACCAGAAACACCCAAUUGGCGAAUGUGUCACGGCUGCGUUGACCAAUUUUGCCGUACUGCUGACACUGAAGGUUAUUCCAGAAGAAGUGGACAACAAGCGCGUCAAAUUCUCCAAGAACAAGCGCGUUCAGUGCGAGGAUAUGGUGCAACAAUGCGCAGCUCACGUGGUUCGUAGCGUUCUGCCGUCAAUUUCCACUGCAAUUGAUGCAAGCGAGGAGCAGGCUCAAUUGAAGGGGCUGUUGCUGCAGGCGUUUGCGAGCUGGGUGGAGCAUGGCACUGUACCACCUCCAGUUAUCAUCGAGAGUGGGCUAUUGGAUCGAGCGUUCGGAGAAGCAUUGGUGCCAGCAUACUCCGUGCACGCGUUGCAGGUUGUCCGCGAAGUGGUCCGCGCCUGCCGCCACGACGAGCAUGUGCAGCUGAUGGAGCUUGUUAUGCACAAUUUUGUGGUUCUAGGAAAGCAGGUCCAAGAGCGCAUAGCAGCAUCCGAGAAAAGUCUGGAUUUUUGCCUUGCUGACUGUGCCAGAGCGUUAUCUGAGUGUGGCCAAGCCUUCAUCGUGUACUUUGUGGACUAUACGCUCGAUAUGCGCCCCGGAUCCUUGGUGUAUGAAUUCCUAGACGCCAUUUUAUUCUUUACGUCGCUGAACAACCUCGACAUCUCUAACGAAACGAUGGAGUUCUGGAUUGACUUCCGCACGUACAUCUCUGGUAAGCACGAAGAGCGCAUGUACGUAUUUGAAACGUUCAUCUCCCGAUUGUUGAUCAUUUUGAUUGAGCGGACCCAGUAUCCUGAGGGGUUUGAAGCGUUCCCGGAGGCUGCGAAGGAGGGUUUCUUCCUUUACCGAAGCGAAGUCCGCAACGUGUUCCGUGCACUUGCAACAGUCACAGUGGCUAGCGAGGAUAAGUUUAUUGUCGAUGCUAUGCAUGCAAUCUUCCAGCAGUACGACGACGCCGACUCGGGGUCUGCUUUGCCGGUGAAUUGGUGGCAGCGUACAGAAGUAUACGUACACGCACUUAGUGCAUUAUCGAAAUCGAUUCGCGAGGAAGAUACAUCUCUCGUUCCUAGGCUGUUCGAAUACUUGUCGCGGAAGCAGCCCUCUCACCGCGCACUCUUGCGCACAGUUACCAUCUUCCUUGGUGUGUCCGGCCAUUGGUUCGCAAAACACCCGGAGCAGUUGUCAACCUCCGCGUUCAGAAUCAUAUCCAACGGCUUCGAGUCUCAGAAUGACCCUGGAUACCCGUUCACUCAGCACGGCAUAGAAGACCAUGUAGGUGCUGUGGCCCUCCGGAAGUUGACGCUUCGCUGUGGCUCCCACUUUUUCAAUCCGCUGUGGAUGGACGCGCUGGUUAACCUGUACAGCUCGAACCGUGCAGCAGUGGGCGGUCCGUCGGGGUCGUGUUUGAUGGGAAACAGUGCAAAGCUCAUCGUCGACUCCAUCUGCCAUGUCCUUACGACUGUAUCGUACAAAGAGGCGCUUCCGGUUGUGGAGGAACUCGGUGCCAUCAUGUUUGCGGACCUUGCAGCUCGGUACAGUCAACUAAACGCGGACGACGAAAGCUCGGUCGAGUUCCUGUGCGAAAUGUUCAAUCAUUUGCUCGUGUUAGCAACGAGGAUCCCUGUGCAGAUGGACCAAGAGACCCCGCAUCCCGUUCUGUGCGUGCUGCAAAAGCAGUGGGAAGUGUUGGAAACAAUUCUGCGUGUGUAUGGCUGCUGUGAAGAAGUGGCUGGACAGUUCUGCGCGCUAUUGGUCGGCGUGUUUGAAUCUUUGCGGUCUCAGGCGCUAGAGAUGGCGUCUGCAAUCAUGCCGGCGUUAUUGGAGCAAUUCUCACGGAGUUAUGAUGGUAGUUAUCUAAGCGUGAUCAAGAGUAUCAUUGGCUGCGCUGGUGACGACGAGGCUACUGCAGUUAGCUUAGCACGAGUGAUGAUUAUCGUGUGUGAGAGUUCAAUGAGCAAGAUCGCGGCAGACGGCAGUGUCGAUGAACAUCCGGGGCUGACUAUCGCGCUGUUUUCUUUGGUAAUAACAUGCGGCACCCAUCACCCGUCAAUUUUAGUCCAGUCGAACCAGUUGGAAGGUGUGUUGUCGCUAGCACUGCACGCCUUUAAGUCCCAGAACCCUGAAGUUGGAGCUGCAACUCUAGACUUCCUGCUUGAGCUGGGCUCUUUGUACGGUCAGAUCCUUCGCACCCCGGAAAACUUGCUGCAGGGGCCAGAGUUCGCAGGCAAACUAUUGCUGCACCAACAAAUUCAGACUUUAUUCUUCGAGAAAGACGUGCAGUACCACGUACUCUUCGCUUUAUUCAAUGCCGCGGCGGGAGGAAUGCCACCAAAUUUGAUGGAGAAGAUCGCAGAGGUCGUUCGGUCUUGCUGGGUUUACUUCGGAAGACAGCGGAGUGAAGAGCUCAUUUACCGGCUCCUGUCCGACAGCAACUUUCUGGGUUCACAGGUCAGCGAGCGCGCUCGAACUGAAUUCCUCAACUACAUUUCCACACCGACGUGCGUGGAAAACUCGCGCAAGUUUAAGCGCGUAUUGAACGCGUUCUGCGACCACUUCAAACGCAACCUAACAGGCAGCGCGAUGUCCACAUGAAAUGCUUCUGCUAGUUUGCUGCAAAGUGCUGCCAAAAACAAUGAAAACAGCCGAACAGAAACGCAAACAAAAAACGAAAAUGAGGCAAAAGAGCGGGCAACCAGAUAUUUUAGUGAUACGAUGCAAAGAAAACCUAGGCUUCGCUAUUUUGCCUUGUCAACCAAACAAUUUCGUUUCUACUGAAACGGGUUGCCAGCGUCCUCCCAGGACGUCGUGUUAUUCACCGUAGUGGCAGUGAUCAAAUGUCCACUUGGAGGGCGAGAAGCAUAAGUAGUGUUCGACCACUCCAAAAUCUUCUCAGCAAUAUCCUCCGCCUGUGUCAGUUUAAUUGAUAAUGCCGCGAGUUAAUGAUGAUGCGGGCAAACUAAUAAAAUAAAAGAUUUUACCUUGGUCCACGUCGAAAAGUCAGCAUCAGCCAUAAAC